UAUUGUUUAUUUAAAAAAAAAAACUCCGCUUGGGUGUUUUGACUGCUCUGUUAGAUACUUUACUAUAAUUUUUUUAUCUGCUCAGGAUGGAAUUGACGUGGAGUCUGUCGAUCCCAGUGAAGUAGUUUUUGUUGAUGAAAUCAAUGAUAUAAUUGUACCGGAAGAAAUCUUCCAACAAUGGCCGGGUGAAGCUGUUGCUCUGGAAGUAAAUGGGGUCGAGUACGCUGAGGAUGACUUCAUACCAAUUGAAGGCACCAAUAUUGUUGAAUAUGAGGAGGAAGACGUGGACCGAUUGAUGAACCGAGGCCGACGAAAACCUCCUACGAUUGUACAGUGUGAAGUAUGCGGUGUGGUAGUGAAACAUCCAUCAAAGAUAGAAGCACAUAUGCGCACGCACACCGGUGAAAAGCCAUUUGAAUGUGAGAUUUGCGGUGCUAAAUUUACACAACGCACUCCUAUGCUCAAUCAUGUCCGCCGUCAUCUGGGCCAAACUCCUUAUCUGUGUGGAUAUGGAUGUGGGAAAAGUUUUGUGAACAACGCUCAGAAGAAUGCUCAUGAGUUAAGGCAC